AUAAUCCGCGACACCUAACAUGUUGAACACAAAGGAUCUCCCGCACAAAAUAAGAGUUUCAAUUCGAAUAGCUCGUUGCAGCAGGCUGCACAUCAAUCCAAAUGGCACCAAAACGCAAGAAUGCACGCAUCAUUCAGACCAGGACGCCUACCAGAUCCUCCUCAACAGUAUUUUUCUACCACCCUGACGAGAAGCCGUACGGUGUCUUCUGCCAAUGGAAGUCGUCUCCUAUCACGAUCCCUACCACCACUCUACACAGCAUCUCGGCCAGACCUUCGGACACUGAUCUUCUCGUGGAGCACGGUAACAGCAUCUCGUUCUCGUGCGCUGAACAAUCAUACAUGUUUUGCAAAGCGCUCUACUUUGGCGAUGCUGAGUCAUGCAGAAAGAUCCUGAUGACCGUGGAUCCAGCAGAGCAAAAGAAAUUCGGCAAGAGCGUGAAGGGAUUCAGCGACGAAGAGUGGGACAAAGUGAAAAGCCGUGUUGUAAGGGUGGGCAACUGGUACAAGUUCACGCACCCAGACAAUAGACAUAUGAGAGAUGUUCUGCUUGAGACUACAGACAACGAGCUUGCUGAAGCUGGGCGCAGGGACCGGGUUUGGGGGAUCGGGUAUCAGGCGCAUGAGGCUGAAAGGUAUAGAAAGAACUGGGGCCUGAACAAGUUGGGGAAGACGCUUAUGGCGGUUAGGACAAGGAUAGGCGAGGUGAUGCUAAAAGAGAGGGAGACGGGGGUGAUGGAUAGUUGGGUUUGGGACGGCGGAGAGAAUGAUGAGGUUGACGAGGCUGAGUUGAGGGUUUGGACCGGGAUACAAGAGCAAGUGGGGGACGAGACUGCAGAUUGAAAGAGAAACGCAUAGAGUGUGACAGUGAUAGGUCUUUUAGAGACGUCACAACGAGACAGUCAACUCUGUGCACUCUACCUCAAAU